GCCAACGCCGCUGCCAUGUUGAGCGUCGCGCGGCUCCGCUUGCUGCUUCCCGGGCCUGCCCAGGUUAUCUGGAAUGGUUUAAGUCAAGACAUCCUUAGAGGUGUAACAAGCAGGAAAUAUGCGUCAGAAGCAAUCAAAGGCGCCGUCAUCGGUAUUGAUCUCGGCACGACCAACUCCUGCGUGGCCGUCAUGGAAGGAAAACAAGCAAAAGUGCUGGAAAAUGCUGAAGGUGCCAGGACUACCCCUUCUGUCGUAGCGUUCAACAAUGACAAUGAGCGAUUGGUUGGAAUGCCAGCUAAGCGGCAGGCCGUCACAAACCCUCAGAAUACGUUGUAUGCUACCAAGCGGCUGAUUGGACGCCGAUACGAUGAUUCAGAAGUGCAGAAAGAUAUCAAGAACGUCCCUUUUAAAAUCGUCCGCGCGUCAAAUGGCGAUGCCUGGGUGGAAGCUCACGGAAAGCUGUAUUCCCCGAGCCAGAUCGGUGCCUUCAUAUUGAUGAAGAUGAAGGAGACAGCAGAAAACUAUCUGGGGCAUCCAGCAAAAAACGCCGUCAUCACAGUCCCUGCAUAUUUCAAUGAUUCUCAGAGACAGGCCACUAAAGACGCUGGGCAGAUUGCCGGGUUGAAUGUUUUGAGAGUGAUAAAUGAGCCCACUGCUGCAGCACUAGCCUAUGGUUUAGACAAGGCCGAAGACAAAAUCAUUGCAGUCUACGACUUGGGUGGUGGCACGUUUGAUAUUUCUAUCUUGGAAAUUCAGAAGGGAGUCUUUGAGGUCAAAUCCACCAAUGGCGACACUUUCUUGGGUGGCGAAGAUUUCGAUCAGGCCUUGUUGCAGUAUAUUGUCAAAGAGUUCAAGAGAGAGACGGGCGUUGACUUGACCAAAGAUAACAUGGCUCUCCAGAGAGUGAGAGAAGCAUCAGAAAAGGCAAAAUGUGAACUCUCUUCUUCAGUCCAGACAGACAUUAACUUGCCUUACCUCACGAUGGAUGCUUCCGGGCCGAAGCACUUGAACAUGAAGCUGACCCGCUCUCAGUUUGAGGGGAUUGUGGCUGAUCUGAUUAAGAGGACGAUCGCCCCUUGCCAGAAAGCUAUGCAGGAUGCCGAAGUCAGCAAGAGCGACAUUGGGGAAGUCAUCUUGGUCGGCGGCAUGACCAGAAUGCCCAAGGUGCAGCAGAUUGUGCAGGAAAUGUUCGGCCGUGCCCCUAGUAAAGCUGUGAACCCGGACGAAGCCGUUGCCAUCGGGGCUGCCAUCCAAGGAGGGGUGCUUGCUGGUGAUGUGACAGAUGUGCUGUUGCUGGACGUGACGCCUCUUUCCCUGGGAAUUGAGACCCUGGGAGGAGUCUUCACCAAGCUUAUCAACAGGAACACCACUAUUCCCACCAAAAAGAGCCAGGUAUUUUCUACGGCUGCUGAUGGGCAGACUCAAGUUGAAAUUAAAGUCCACCAGGGUGAGAGAGAGAUGGCCGGGGACAACAAGCUGUUGGGGCAGUUUACGCUGAUUGGGAUUCCCCCAGCUCCACGAGGGGUUCCUCAAAUCGAGGUGACCUUUGACAUUGAUGCGAAUGGGAUCGUUCACGUUUCUGCAAAAGAUAAAGGCACAGGGCGCGAACAGCAAAUUGUGAUCCAGUCUUCCGGUGGCCUUAGCAAAGAUGAUAUUGAAAAUAUGGUGAAAAACGCUGAGAAGUAUGCCGAAGAAGACAGGCGAAGAAAGGAACGUGUUGAAGCUGUAAACAUGGCAGAAGGAAUAAUCCAUGAUACAGAAUCCAAGAUGGAAGAAUUCAAAGAUCAGCUCCCUGCUGAUGAGUGCAACAAGCUGCGAGAAGAAAUCGCGAAAAUGCGUGAGCUGCUGGCUCGUAAAGAUAGCGAAACGGGUGAGAACAUCCGGCAGGCAGCGUCCACCCUGCAGCAAGCAUCUCUGAAGCUUUUUGAAAUGGCCUACAAAAAGAUGGCAUCAGAGCGAGAAAGUUCCGGAAGCUCCGGGGAUCAGAAAGAAGAAAAGCAAUAA